AUGAGUGAACAGAGGAAAAGGGUUCGUAACUUCUAUAAAACAGAAAAGUCGUUUGUAACUUUAGUCGUUUUUAACUCAUGCACAUCGAGAAUUUUUUGUCCCAAAAUUGCAAUAUUUUAAAUACAUUUAUAAAACAAAACAAAUAAUAAAUUUAUUACUUCUUGGUAAUAAUUUUUAUCCAAUGAUAUUAUACCGCGACGAAUUCAAAAAGAAAGCGGCGAAUUAUUGUAUACGGUUUGGUCACUCGUUAUGGUCCGUGAACCACUUGCCAGCGCAAGAGACAAAACAAAUAAUAAAUUUAUUACUUCUUGGUAAUAAUUUUUAUCCAGUGGUAUUAUACUGCGACGAAUUCAAAAAAACAGCGGCGAAUUAUUGCAUACGGUUUGGUCACUCGUUAUGGUCCGUGAACCACUUGUCAACGCAAGAGGUUAAGACUGUCACGUCAGUAUGCUUUGGACUGUAA